AUGACUUACACCAAUAGCCGUCCCAGUUUCGGCCGUCUCGUCUACCUGUUUGUUUUUAGUGUCAUCAUCAUCGGCUCGAGUCUGGUUUAUUUCCACCCGAGCAUCCCGAAAGCGUCUUCAUUUAGGUUCCAGCCACAGAUUACCUCCCCUUCUGCGGACGGCAGCCAACAAGUCGAGGCAGCCAUACCCCCGAUCGUGCAUUUUGUGCAGCUCAAAAAGGACAAGGAAUCCACACUCCACUUCAAAUUCGAGGCCUUCCUGACGCUCUACGCGGCCUAUCUCCACGUCGCCCCCACCACCAUCUACAUCCACCACGACUUUUCAGAAAAGGAGGUUGCAGACGCCUUGACGCACGGCUCGUCAUGGACCAAAAAGGUGCUGACCUCGUUCCCCACCGUCGUCAAGCUGAACCGCGUGACGGCGCCCACGCACGCCAACGGGGUCGAGAUCAACGCGAUCGAGCACAAGUCCGACUUUGUGCGGGUGGAGCAGGUGGAGCGGUUCGGCGGCAUCUACCUGGAUUGGGACGUCGUGACGCUGCAGCCGCUGGCGAACCUGCGGCGGGCGGGGUACCGCGCCGUCGUGGGUCGGCAGUUCGACGCCUUUAUCAACAACGGCAUCCUCCUCGCCAUGCCGAACUCGGCCGUCAUGCGCAUCCUCGACCGCGAGAGCCGCCGCGUCUUUGACAACGGCUGGAUCACGCACAGCGUCGCGCUGCUGACCCGCGUCGCCAACACGCUGGCCGCGGUGCCGGGCGAGGUGCUGAUCAUGGACUUCAAGGCCUUCUCGCCCUUCUCGUGGGAGCAGCCCAGCGUGGAUGACCUCCUGCGCCGCCACGAAGGAGACGCUGUACCCCCGCCCGAGACGCGGAGUCUUCAAGAGUCGGUCAACGUCACGGCGGACGCGCUGUGGGAGGCGAAAAUGAUAGCACCAAGCCGCGGCUGGUUGUAUGAUUUCAGCGACGUGGUAUUCCUGCACAAGUUCUACAAAUGGGUUAAAGCGCCGACCGGCUACAGUGGGGUAAACGUGCCCUACAUCCUGGCUCGAGAUAGCAACUACGCGGUUGCAACAUGGCCGAUUGUGAUGGAAGGCAUCAAACAGGGGCUGAUCGACGCUCAUGAUGAGACUUAUUGA